AUGAGAGAGAGCCUUGUUGCGGAGGCGCGAGGAGUCUAUGUCAUGUAUCAAGGCUGCUGGCUGCGACCCCGGGCCAUGCAAAGCGUCAAGUUGGUGCAAGAGCACUUCAAGGCUCGCCCCGACGACACCCUCCUCGCCACGUUCCCGAAGUGCGGCACCACCUGGCUCAAGGCCCUUGCCUUUACCAUUACAAACCGCUUCGACCACGCCGCCACCAAUGACACCCACCCGCUGCUCACCCGCCACCCUCAGGACCUCGUGCCAUUCCUCGAGAUGCCCUACCGCCAGCUCCACCCUAUCGCCGACCUCGAGAAGCUCGCCUCCCCGAGGCUCCUCGCCACCCACAUGCCGAUCACACUGCUACCUCCGUGCAUGUCCAGCCUAAGUUGCCGUGUUGUGUACCUAUUCCGCGAUCCCAAGGAUGUGUUCGUGUCCCUGUGGCAGUUCUCCAAUGAGGAGAUGAGGGCCGAACCGGUCAAGCACGUCAAGAUGCUCGCCAAGUUCCUCGGUGUCCCCUUCACCGAGGAGGAGAUGAGAUGUGGAGUGGUAGAGGGCGUUCUCAAGAAAAGUUCCGCACCCUCCCGCUCGGCCUCAGCUUUCCUGCCCAACACCGACGCUGCCGCCCCUUACCGCGACACUGGUCGUCCUCGGGCCCGAUGA